CGCCAACCCGGGUAGACUUCCGGGUUUUAAAAUGAAAGCAAAACUGAAUAUAUUUACCAUUUUUACACUUAUAUUGCCUUUAAUCGCAAAAGAAUCGAUGACUAAUCCAUUUAAACGAAAACUAUUCACAACAAAGACUUCUUAUAACAACUCAAUUCCCAGUUUUAUUGAGUUCUUGAAGACUAAUCCAUUGAAUGAACAUGCAGGAAUCAAAUUCAAUUCAGAAAAAAAUAUUCCAAAAUGUUGUGAGCCUGUGCAGCUGUCUUGGACACUGAGGCAUGGAAGUAGAUAUCCCAGUCUCAAAGACAUCAUUGGUUGUGACAUAACAUUCAAUAAAAUUAAGCUGUACUUGCAGCACCACAAAGACGAUCAAUUGAGCCAAAACCUAUUUCAUUGGACGAAUAACUUUACGGUUGAGCAAGCUCAGGAACUUCAUCCAGUUGGAGCAGAAGAGCAUUAUGAAAUAGGAAGGCGUGUAGGAAAAACAUAUCAAUCUCUCUGGAGAACAGCAGAUAAUAAAGAUAUUGUGUUUGAAUCAAGCUCAAAGUCACGCUCAUUUGACAGUGCACAUAACUUUAUUCAGGGAUUAAAGCAUACCUCAGAGUUUAAUCACUCAAAUGUAGUCAUAGAUAAUACACUGACAAGAUUCUUUGAUGGCUGCAAAAAAUUUGCAAAGACAGAGAAAUCUGAUAAGAUUUUAUCUGAAUUUCAUAAAUUUAAAAAUGGGAAAUAUAUGUCAGAAGCUUUGGAAAGACUGAAUGCAAGACUGGGUGUUACAGAUCCUAGCUUGUUAGAUACAGGUGAUGUCAAGAAUGUGUACACAACAUGUGGCUUUGAGACAGGGUUGUUGGGGCUAGAUUCUGGCUGGUGUUAUCUACUGGAGGAUAGAGACCUAGAGGUGGUGGAGUACCUAAUGGAACUGAAGCACUACUGGGUGACAUCCUAUGGCUAUGAACUAGGAUACUCAAUCAGUUGUCCCAUAUUAUCUAGUAUAUUCAAUGGCUUUGAUGAGGCUAUCCAGGCUAUCCAAACUGGAAAUAGGUACACAAAGGCAGUGUUCAGAUUUGGUCAUGCAGAGACAAUUAUGCCAUUCCUUUGUCUACUUGGUUUAUUCAAAGAUCCCCUUCCACUAAGUGCUGAAAACUUUGCACAACACAACAACAGACAAUUCAGGACCUCUUUAAUGGCCCCAAUGGCUGCUAACAUUGGAUUAAAUCUAUACAGAUGUCAAUGCAAUGGACAAGAAAAUGUUGAAGACUACAUGGUGGAGCUGGUGGUAAAUGAACAAAAACUGAGAUUUCCUGGAUGUGAAGAUUACUUGUGUCCAUAUAGCUUUAUUAAAGAUCUUUAUAAGAAAAUUCAAUCAAACUGUAACUUUGACGAGAUGUGUGAAUUGGAUGGUGAUCAAAAGGAUGAAUUAUAA